AUGGCCAAGAUGAAGUCUGAAAUCAUCGAAAAAGUUCGCGGAGCCUUGGAGAAGUAUGAGUUGCAGCUCGGCGAGAUCAAUCAACAGAUCUGGUCCAACCCAGAACUAGCCUUCGAAGAGCACAAUGCCCACGACAACAUCUGCAACCUCUUCGAGUCUCUAGCUGAAGAAGGCUAUAAAGUCAAUCGCAGCGCGUUCGGCGUCAAAACCGCCUUCGAAAUCAGCUAUACCCGCGGCAAAGGUGGCCGCACCAUCGCAUUCAAUGCCGAAUACGACAGUCUCCCCGGCAUAGGCCACGCCUGCGGCCACAAUCUCAUCGCCACAAGCUCCAUCGCUGCAUUCCUCGCAACCUGCGAAACAAUGCGCGCCUUCUACCCGGACGACGACAUCGGCUACACAGCCCGUCUCCUAGGAACCCCGGCCGAAGAAGGCGGCGGCGGGAAACUACUCCUCAUCGACGCGGGCGCGUACAAGGCCGUGGACGCUUGUUUCAUGGUCCACCCCUUUCCUGUGUUAUCCGGUGCACCGGACCUGCUUAGUUCGAGUUCGUGCGAGGGUCAGUAUCUGGCCAAUCAUAAGGUGGAGGUGACGUUUACUGGGAAGCCGGCGCAUGCUUCGGCGGCGCCAUGGGAGGGUGUGAAUGCAUUGGAUGCGGUUGUUGCGGCUUAUGUGAAUAUUUCGAUGCUGAGGCAGCAAAUUUUGCCGACGCAGAAGAUUCAUGGCGUUGUGUUGAGGGGGGGGGAGAGACCGAAUGUUAUUCCGGCUUCGACAACCGUGGAGUAUUAUAUUCGGUCUGAGACGGUGAAGACGCUUAGGCCGUUGACGGAGAGGGUGUUGAAGUGUUUUGAGGCUGCGGCUACGGCGACGGGGUGUACGGUUGAAUAUAAAUGGGAGCCGGCGUAUAUGGAUAUGAUGGUGAAUCGCCCUAUUUGCGAGAGCUAUAUGAAUGUCAUGAAUGAGAUGGGGUAUAGUACUAUCUACGACGCUGCUGGACAGGAAGGCGGGUUGAGUGGAGGAUCCACGGAUAUGGGCAAUGUCUCAUACGAGGUGCCCGGUUUCCAUGGCGGAUUUUAUAUCCACACAGAUGGAGUCAAUCAUACUCCGCAGUUUACGGCUGGUGCGGGCUCGCAGGAGGGGUUCAAGCGCAGUCUUUAUUGUGCCGCGGGUAUGGCUGUUGUAGGAUGUCGGGUGUUGGCUGAUGAUGAGUUUGCUGCUGCGGUCAAGUCUGAUUUUGACAGCAACGAAUGA